UUCGAAUUCGGGUAGUUCGGAUAAAAUAUCAGAUAUUUAGGGUACAAUAUCAAAUAAUUAAGGAUAAUUUAAAUAAGAUGUUUGAAUAUUUCAGAUUACUUUGGAUAUUUCAGAUAAAACUAUCCGGAUGGUUUCAUAUACUUUCGGGUAGUUCGGAUACUUUAUAAUAAUUUAGUUAUCCUCAACUAUUUUCGGAUACUUUUAAUAGAUUUUAAAUUAAAAAUAUAUAUAUAUUUAGUUAUGUUAUAUGUACAUAUAAUUAAUAUUUUUAUAUAUUUGGGUACUCGUUCGGUUUUCGGUUCGGUUAUUACGGAUAUAGAAAUACAGGAACCGUUCAGAUAUUUGAGGGUUUUAGUCCGGUUCCGGUUUCAGGUAUUUCGGUUCGGUUCUGGUUUUUUCUGCCCAUGCCUACGAGUGACCUUUUAUUUAUUUUUUAAAUACAAAGAUUUGUACAGAGCCAAACUCGGAAUACUGCAGUCUGCAGUAUUGUAGAAUGUGUAUUUUGUUUUGGUCGAAGUAGACUGUGUUUAUGUCGGCUUUACAUCUUAUUUAUGUGUAUAGACGUGACGACUGAUCAAUAGCUAUCUUUUAUUCUCUCACUGAUUCAAGACCACAACUUGUGUUGUUGGGUCAAUCUUGUAAGCAGUUAUAGUCUCUGUGGGGAAGAAAAUAAGCACUAGUUUUUUGUACUCUUGCACUGCAAGAAAACAAAAAACAUCAACUGUACAGGUCCGCUUUACUUUGAAAUUUGUUCAUUUUUUGGUGAAUCCUUCCAAGUUCAGUCCCGUGUCUUGUCUUCUAAAGAACUAUUCAUUCCAUACACCUCUUUUCUCUCAAACGUUGACUCCGUCUUUUGGUGAUAAAACUUGUUUGCUUCUUUCCUGUUUUGAUGAAAGAUUCAAUUUUAUAAAGAAUUCCUCUUCCUUUUUUUGCUUGCUCUGGGUCAGGCCACAGGCUUAUUUGUUAGAUCUGUGAGAGAGAGAGAGAGAGAAGUGACAUGUCUGGAAAAGUCUAUCAUGAUUGUCCCAACGUAGGCAAUCCCUACCAUGAGUGCAAUGAUCGAUGUUUCGAGAGGAUCAACUCUGGAGAUGUCCCCAAGAAGGAGAAGAGGCCGUUUGGCUUUGGUAAGGCACCUUGGAGAAAGGACAGUCCUCCUAUCAGUCCGGUUCGUGUUGUUGCGGAAAAUAGAUGGCCACUUCCUAGCUAUUACGCUAAGAGGAUGGUUGAAUCAGACGAGUCUCCCUCAUUCUCAUCCUCCGAUGACACCUUCAACGCAAACCUUCUGUCCAGGCCGCCUUCUCCUCUACAUGGAAACAAACCUGAAUCAGUCAUAAAUUGGCUCCCAAUGUCACCUUCUCUAUCUGUGUAUUGCAAAAAAGAUUUUUUCGCAUCAAAUUUUGAUCACCGUGCGCUCAUUCAUAAUGGUCUAGACACUGAAAUGACACCUAGGACUAGGCCUAAAGCACCUGAACAUCCUCUUAGGACACAUCAACACAUGCCUCGCACCCCUGAUUCUAGGCCUAGGACACCUGAGCGACGAUCCAGCACCACUGAUAAUAGCACUGCACUAGAAACUAGACCUAGAACACCUGAACACCGGUCCAACAUCAAUGAUAAUGAACCAAGGACACCUGAACAUGCGCGUGUUUCUCUAGGACCUAGGCCAAAGACUGCAGAACGUAGAGCGAGGUCACCAGAACACAGGGAGAGAUCCUCAAGACAGCGGUCUAAGACUCCAGAGCCUCAAGGAAAGUACCUUGAACCUAGGAUCCCACAAACUCAGCCGAUAUCGCAUAGUACUGGCCUCCUCAAGUCGUCACCUGAGACGCAAGAAACUAGGCCAAAGGCUGAAGAAUACAGGGCAAGAAACUCAAGACCAGGGUCAAGGAUCCCCCAAACUCAACAAACAUCCAUUAUCGAAUGCAAGAGCUUAACAGGGGAGGAAACGCAGUCAAUGAUGUCUGAGUCGUACGUCUCUGUAGGGAGCUACAAGGUCAGAGCGAGCGUCUCGGACACCCUGCAGCAAAUCUUGGACAAGCAUGGAGACAUAGCCUCCGGUUCAAAGCUCGAGUCGCUUCCCACGAGAUCUUACUUCCUGGAAACGCUAGCCUCGGUGGUUCUCCAACUCCAGUCAACGCCUCUGAAGCAACUAAAGGAGACGCGCGUCUUGGAAAUGCUAGCGGUCGUUGAAGACGUGGAGUCUGUCAGAAUCAGAGCCGGUUGGCUAAGGGAGGCUUUAAACGAGAUUCUUGAAGCGGCCAGAUGCUACGAUCGACAUGAUACGACGGCGGUGGAGAAAGGGAUGUGUGAGAGGGAGGCUUUGCUUGGGAGACAAGAGAUGGAGAAGAUACUGAAAGAGGUGAGAUGGAAGGAGAAUGAGGUGAAGAGUUUCCGUCAAGGGUUGAUGGAGACGGCAGGGCGUUUGGGAGAUUUGGAGAUGAAGAGAGCAAGGGUGGAGAAAAGGUUGGCGUUUCUUAGCUCCAAGGUGGACAAGUUUGAUGGAGAAUCUGUGUUGGAGAAGCUCUUCUGAUCAAUCAUUGUCUUGUUUUUGGCAUUUAUUUAUUGAAAACAUAAACACUACAUUAAGUGCAUCUGCUAAAAUAGUUAAAAGGAUCUUUCAUAUUAUAGAAAACAAAGGCAAGACAAAGGGUA